GGUAGGCUCGAAGUCACCGCUACAAGAUGAUCAUAGAUACCUUUCUGAAAGUUGUCAUUCAGGUGACUCGUGCACUAGUGUACAAGAAGUGCGAAGUUCCGCAGAAACGAGCUCGAUCAUACGAACAAUACCAACGACAGAGAACAGGUGCAAUUUUGCGUUGCCUCCCGAAAAUGGUCCAGCGGUUUCUGCAUCCCAACACCGUAACCAUGCAAAAAGUAAAAGAAUGCAGAAGCGUCAUACUCGCACUAACAUAGUGGAAAAAUUGCUCAACAGAGAGAUUGGAGGCAGCACGUCAGUGAGUGCUAGUUGUGGAAAUUUAAAUGUACGCCCUACAUUGGAAAGAUGUUUAGAAGUUAAUCUGAGAAGUAUUCUUCCAGCAUCUGCCUUCAAGUUCAGUCACUCAUUCCUGGGUUUAUCAAAAUGUGGUCAGUUCCUGUUAUCCUAUACAUACACUGCUGAACUUGAUGUGGUAUCAUUCAAUACAGUACACAAAUAUAGGUUACACUGGUGGGCAUUUGUUCCAUAUCAGAAAGCAAGAAAGGUUUCUGAAGUAGUAUUGUUUGGUGAUAGUGGGCCUAUUUGCAGUCCUCUGUACAUUUGCCUCUGUCAGUGGCCUUUGGAUUACUCCAAAGUUGUCAUUUAUGGAAACAGCUAUGAAACAAGCCAAGCUCAACAACGAUCGUAUUUGACAAUAACAACUGUGCCGUCCCUGAAUAAAUGCCAGGAUUGCCUCAAAGUUGCUGCUUCCUAUGAAGAUGAAGAUCUGGCUGCUAGUUGGGAUAGUUGUGUUCGUUUUAGUUGUAUGAAGCACAGUGUCACUGUCCAUACCACAUUUGAUGUGGUUUCUCCAUACCCUAAAUUUCGACCCACUGUAAGCAUGAAAUGCGAUGGUUAUGUGUUGUUAAACACAGGAAACUUUCUACACGUUCUGAGUACUUCUUUGGAGUAUGUAGGCAACACAUAUUCGUACGUUAGGCAACAGUCGCCACCUGUUGCUGUAGAGCAGGAAGCUCCAGAGAAUUCAGAAGAAAAUAAUUCAUCUGUGAAAAUGUCUGUUCAACAGUCAACUUGUGAAACUGCAGAAUCUCCUAAAAAUAGUAUUGUCUCCCCAGAACAUUGUUUCAGAGAAAGUACUGGAAGCAAUAAGCAAGAUGAUAUAGAUUCAGUUAUCUGUGCCUCAGAUAUCGCAAUUGGUAACAAGCAACCAUGUGAAACAGCUUUAAUUGACUCUCAAGUGUUAUGCCAUCAGAUGUUUUCCACCAGUGUAGGAAACUGUGUACUUUUAAAUCGUAGCUUAGAAAAAUGUGAUUCAGACAGUGAACAUAAAACAGUAAAUAUUGCUGUAGUUCGUCAGCAAAAUGUAGAUGUGAUGGAGAAUGAAAUUCCUGAAGGUGUUCGAAAAGCUGACAGAUCAUUUAAUUCCUCCAGUAACAAUUUUGACAAAACUUGUGAUUUCAAAGGUUACUGUUCCUCAUUCCCAAGUGAUAUAUUUGUGUCAUUAUUAAAAAAAUUCCAAGAUGAAUGCCAAAGUACUAUGAAAGAUGCAGACUGUGAGGCUGACUCUAAAAGUCACUCUGCUGCAAAUAGUAUUGAUAUUCUUGACAAAGAUAUGCUGUCAGGUGCAAGUCGUGUUGAUAUAGUGAAUGAUUUAGAAGGAAAUAUAUCAACCACCAAUAAAGGCAACAAGCGACACACUAUUUUCAGAAGGAACAAGGGUUUGCUGACAAACUCUAAUGAAAAAAAGGAGUGCCGAGUGCCAGUCCCUGAAGGGUGUGACGAGAGUUCAUUUGUGUGCGUAUGUAACACUGAUGGCAGGAACACCUGUUCCUGCGUAGAUACAGGCCACUCUAUUAGCAAAACAAAUAAUCUUAUACAGUUGUCAACAAGUGAGAAACUUGUAAAAAAUUUUUGUGAUAAAUUGUAUUCCUGUAGGGUGACGAGAUCUCAUACACUAAAGCAGAGAAAAAGUGUCCAUCAGCAGAAUGAAUCUGAUCAGUCAGUGAAACGAGAUGUAAAGUCAGUUAUACCUCAGAUUUCAGUUGGGCAACCUAGCAGGGAAAGCAUUUCCCCAGAGCAGUCUGAUGGGCACAAGCAAAGAGAUGUGUCAAUAGCAGGUUCACCUCAGGAAUUAAAUAUUAAUGUGUCAAGCUGUCCUAGUCCCGAAGAAAGUGCCUCAGUUCCUAAAGUUCUUUCACCUGUUCCCAAGAGUUCACAAUUAAAUGCAGAAUCAUCACAAAAUGAUGAAAGUCAGUUAAUGCUUAACAGAAAAAGAAAAUUUGCUCAGAGACACAAAUCCUUUCCCCCUGGAAGUGUUUUAAAAAUCAAUAGUCCGUCAUCAGUUUUGAAUUCCCCCACACUUAGACUUCAUAGCAAAGUUGCAGAUGAGGCAGAGAAGGCGUAUGAAUUUAAAGAGGAAACUUUGGAAUCUGAUUCAGAAAAAUUCAGUACCUACAGGCGCCGACGUUUAGCAGACAAGAAAUAUGAAUUUUGUGAAGAAUGUGAAGAUGAAGAAAACAUUGUUCCUUUCCACUUGCACAGGCGCCGUGAAUCUGAUUUUAGGUUGAGGUUAUCAUCCUCAUUUCUACCAUCAGCAGCUCACUUAGUGAACAACAGACGCCAUUUUUGUGAUAGUCUUUCUGAUAAUGUAGAAGUUAACGCGGGUGCAAGAUCACCAUCCAACUCUGUUAAUGGCUCACAUGCCUUAAGUAAUCGCAGCUGGUAUUAUGAAGCAUUUGGAGAAAAUGUUGACGCUGUGUCAUGUACUGAGACUCCAGGAGCUCCUUACAGUAUGGCAAAUGGUGAAAAUUAUGUUCCUCAGAAUCAUAGUCAUCUGGACUCUGACAAAGUAGUACUGAGGCCAUUAAAUCAAAAUAAAACUGCCCUAAUUCAACCUCAGAAAGAGGCUGAUAAUUUGUCUGAUGCUCCUGUGAAUAAAAGAUCAGAAUCUGUGGAUACAGUGAAAGACCUAUCAGACGAUUUACACAGUCUUCAAGAAACUUCCGGCAAUCCAAAUAGUACAUCUGCAAAAAAAUACAACCCAGCCAGAUGCACUAUACAGCUAAAAAGGAGUUUUGUAGAAGUGGAUGAUGAACUAGUAUCUGUAAUAACAGAUAUAGAAGAUGAUGACUCUGGUGAGAGCCCUGGUUACCACUGUGCACUUCCACUAGAGAUUCAUGGUGCUGGGUAUAUGCAGCUUCAGAUGAUAUCAAAUUCAAAAGCUGAAAAACUGAUGGCUCCCUGCCUUAUUGUGCUUCAGAAGACUUUUGAUAUAGAACAUUUUUGCCAUAUUAUUGCAGAAAAAUUAUGUGAAGAAUCUGGAAAGAAAUACUGGUUUUGUAAUGAUUAUGAUGUUGAAAUCAUCGAUGUGUGUCCAUAUUCUGGAGAUGCAAUCAUCCUUGCUCUGAUGCGGAUCCAAGCAACUGUAAAGGCGAAAGGGACGAUAACAUGUGUGAGGCCACUCCAACAGAGAAAGCAGUACCAGGGAGGAGUUGUUUUCUCUUGGAAUGUGGUAACAGGUGAAUCCUCUAUUGUAGAAACCAGACCACUUGUGGAAAUUAUACAGAAUGAAAGGGAAACCAAGUUAAGGGAAUACAAGCCAUGGAAUCCUGCUAGAGGUCUGGCUGCAGAAAUGAGAAGGCGUAUGCCUGAUUUGCCCCUACACAAACUUGUCAGGCACAGUAACAAUACUCCGGUGCUGCGAGGUAAAUCUCUUGUGAGACUGACAGAUCUCGAAAACAAUAUUGAAUUAGUAUUGUAGAAUACCUGCAGGUCUCAACUUGUUAAUGUUGUGGUGACCAGUUGCGGCUUUUUUGUAAAAGGAUUUAAAUAAAGGAGAGAUGGACUUAAAAUCAUAUUUUUUAUAAAUUUUUCUGACUAACUGCUACAAAUCUUUAUUUUCUCAUGCAGUGUCUUUGUGAUCGAAACAUUUCAUGUAACUUCAUCCUCUAGUGUGAGACUAAAUUUCAUUUGUGCCAGUGGUUUGAAACUGAGUCAGAACUUUCAGAUAUUUCUUGUUUCAUUAGGUGUUAUCUGCCUUUUAUUGGCAAAUGUAAUAAGAUAAAUUAUUGUAAAAUUAUGUUUCUUCCUUAAAUUGAUAUGUGUUGAGAAGAAUCUGUAUCACUUGCUAAGAAGUAGGUGUGAUGGUUUAAGAUUUUCUUUGAGCUUUACACUGUUUUGUAUCUAAGUCACUUUUAUCUUUGUGACUUGAAAGAGCUUUAACAAAUGACACAAUGUAGUUACAAAAAAGUUUACUAGUAGUGGUAAUAGUUUUAUAUUUUCAAUAGAUAUUGAUGAUGUAAUAAUAAUGUGCUGCCCAGUCACAUGAAUUUACUUCAGUUAAAUUGCUUGCUUGCUUACUUGCUUUGCUUUUGUUGGAGGGCAUUGCAUUACAUAAUUCCAACUUUGGCAGAAAAAAUAAUGUAUGAGCAAUAUGUAAGAAAUACUAUGAUUUGAUGUGAGAAAUACUAUGAUUUAUUAGUAUCCAUAUAUGAAUGCUAUCUAGGAUUGGAAAUUAAAUUAAAAUUACUUUCUGAAAAGUAGUCACAAUUACAAUAUGUUUAAAUCAUAAAUUAAUUUAUCCAUGAGAAUGUUGGUUUAGCUCCAUGGCUGUAGAUUAAACUACUAGAAGAGAUACAGCAACCAGAUGUUUACACAUAACUUUAUUUAUGCAAAGGUGCAUCUGAGGUUUUAAGUUAUCUGUAAUUGUUACCACAAGUACAGUUGGGAGUGAACAUUUGGCUUGUGUCUUGGCAGAAUUAAUGCUGUACAAAAGGUGGCUGGUUGGUGUGUUUCUUUCACAUAAUUUUAAAAUAUCUUUCGCUUGUUUAUGUAUUUUCUUCCAUUGUAGUUAUGGUAUCUUUCAGUUCUUUAAAACAUGUCAAAGAUCUAUUGAUUUUUCAGAAGCAGGCAGAGACAGUUCAUAAAAAUGUGUCAACAUUCAAAAGGGUUUCAGAUUCUUGCACAACACAGCUUGCAUUUCCUUGCAUGAUACCACAAUUUUGGAAACCUCAUCAAAGGAGCAGCCUCUCCAUCCUGUAUACCAUUGUAAAUUUUGAUAAAGUAAAUUGCCUUUGAAAAUAAGUUAAUAGGCCUAAUGCAAAGAGUAUAUGAGAACUAGAAUGUUUUUUGAAGGAAUUUGGAAUUGUCGUAGUAGGAUACCAGACUUCAGAUGAUUGGAUAGUGGGUUUAUUCUUUUGUGGACAGAGAUUACUCUGAACAAAUAGAAAGUGAAAUAAAUCCUAUACUAAGUUAAACCGAGCGAAGUGACUGUGUUCAGACAGUGGGCCCUUAUUAACGAGGACUGUAGUUCAAAUCCCCAAACUGGUCAUCCAGAUUUAGGUUUCAGUUUUUCUCAAUCAUUUAAGGCAAAUGCAAUGAUGGUUCCGUCAAAAAGGCAUGACCAAUUUUCUUUCCCAGUCUGAUCUUGGCCUCCAUCUCUAAUGGCCUUUUCAUGAACAGGACAUUAAAAGACACUAACUUUCCUUACUUUUUAAUAAAUAAGUUAAUAGCAAUCCUUAUUCCCCUGAUGGCAUGUAUGGCGUGUAACCAGUCAUUGCAAAACAAUGAACAGCUGAGAAUAUUGUUGAAAAAGCAAGCAGUGAACUAGCAGAAUAAAUCAAUUUAAAUUUCUUAAGUGUUAUUCUUUUUGUUUUGUUAAUAUAUGGAUAAUAUUACAAUCACGGAACUUGAUUAGAAAUGAGUUUCCUUGAUUUUUGAGGUAUCACUGCAUAAUUUAUUUAGUAUCUUUUAAGGAUGUAAUAAAACCACGCAAAGAAGAUCAUUGGGCGAUUAUUUCAGUUAUGUCUCUAUAAAUUUUACCCCACUCUUCAACAUGUCACUCUGCAAACUGUAAUCUGUUUGUCAUUGCUGGGUGCAGGAAUUACCUGAACAUUAACACCAUUAGGCAGCUUAGUUUAUAACAUUUUGGCAUGUAUUCACAUAAGUUUGGUAGUAAACAAGAGAAAGCAAAAAACUGAUUUGGCCAUGUGAAUAACAUGUGAUGAAAAGUUGUCACAGCUGUUACUUCUGUUGUUUUAAACAAGAUGCUUCUGUUAGGAAAGUGUCAUUCUUGACUAUAUUCCAAAUCACCUUAAGAUGUCACGUCUUCAAUCAAGCAUUUGUCAUAAUACAAAAAUAAACCCAAAAAUCUUUCUUCUGUCUGUUUCUCCAUUGUAUGAGAGCAGUUAUAGAUUAGGUUAUCAGAGCUGGUGGUGGUGGUGGUGGUGGUGGUGGUGGUGGUGGUGGUGCUGGUGCUGCUGCUGCUGCUGCUGCUGCUGCUGCUGCUGCUGCUGCUCCUGACAUGAAUCAAAUAAUUUUAUAAAGUAUUUAACUAUAAUUGUGUGGAAAUACCUGUGAUUGCUAUAUUUUCUAAAAAAAAUUUAGUUCCUGAUUGUCAUAUUUAUAUUCUUACUUAAUUAGAUUCAAAUGAAACAGUCAUGAAUGAAUGUAAAUGUGAUUUUGCCAGGAAAAUAUAAAAACAAUAUUAAGCAAAUAAUUGAGAGUUUUUUCAAUUCUUAAGAUGCUCAAGGGAAACAAUAUGGAUAAUCAGAUUUCAUACUCAGUGACAAAUGGAAUAGUAAUAUGUUAUGACAUGAUUAAUUAUAUUAUGGAUUGAAUGCAUUGUAAUAGAUUUAAAGUCUAGUAAGCUACUACUAUAUUAAUGAAAGGUGACUGUUUCUUAUGUUCUUCACAGAUGAUAAUGUAACAAAACUGAAAACACAGCAUAUUAUACAUGCAGCUAUAAACAGAUUUUUUAUAGGUAAAGCAACAAGCUGUGAGUGGAACACAUUAGGCAUAACAGCUACUUGUUCUCAAAGAAAAUGUCUGAAGUCAUUCAUACAUACAUACAUACAUACAUACAUAAAAAGCAAAGCACUGAAUGUAAUGUAAUCAAUGUGUAACUCGGCUAUUUGUAAAAGUGGUGUUAUUAGUAGAGUGAUAUGUUUCCAGUAGAAAUUAGGGAAAUCUGCUGUGUUAUCUAAAAGUUGUUGUUUGCUCAUGUCUGCUUCCUCCAGAUGAAUGGUGAUGCAUAUUACAAAUUGAAUGUUUAAGCCUUCCCUCAGAAAAAUUAUUUUUCUGGAUAGCCCUUUGCAGUCUUAUAGCACUCCCAGUAUCAUUAAUAUUGUUUUCAGUGUUAGAAACAUUGUUUAUUACAUAAGUAAUAGGAAAGUAGUUUCCUUACCAGCAUUUAUUUGAACCUGACUUUUCAGGAAUCCAAUUGUAAAGUAAGACUGAAAUUAAAUGGGUUUGUUUUGAAGGAAAACUGUCUUGAUUGUGAAAAUUAUUAUAAAAUUUUCGCUACCAAGACUUUUACUUCAAAAUAAUCUUUAUGUGGUUGCUGUUCCAGCCAGCCUGAUGGAAUGGGAAAAGUUUUAUACUAAAUAAUGUUAUUAAAAUAACUGAAAAAAGUGGUUAAAGCUAUGGUGUGGUCGAUUUGUACACUGGAACUAUUAAAUGUGCUAUUUGAUUAUGAGCAUUUUAUAUCUUCCUCAUAAAAUGAACAUAUUUGUUGUUUCAGUAUUUCGAUGCUCCAUAAAUUGCUCUGUGUUUUAGGAAAUGUUCUUUAAGAAAGGUGUAUCAGUAAAUGUCCGGUUAUGUCUUUUUUGAUCUCACAUGAGACCAUGAAGUAAAACGUUGCUAAGGACAUCUAUUUUCUCGUUUUGAUUGUACCUGAAACAACUAUGUAUUGUAAUGCCCUCAUGUAUUGAAAUGUAUUGAUGGGAAAUUCAUAGAACAUAUUCAUGCUAAUGAAACAGCGUCAGUAAAUAUGAGAUUAUAAUUUUUGUACUUACGUAUAAGAGUAUGCAUAUUUACUUAAUUUCCAGUUCUGUAUCUUUAGUUAUAAGAGAUUUACCAUGUCUUUAUCAUCUGAUAACUCAGAAAAUUUUUUAUUGUUGCCAACAUUAUGAAUCUAAAAACCGUAAAUAAUGUGGAUAAGUAUAAUUUCUCUGGGUCUCCUGAUUGUCCGUGUGUUUAGUUCCUGAAUGCAGGUGAUAUUUGUAUAAAUCUACAUCUGUACUUUGUAAACAAUUCUCUAGUGUACA